GUUACAAUCAUAACCUUGUUACUUGUUGUAAAUGUAAAAUACAGUCGUGGUCUUUGGCAGUGCAGAUGAUCGAUUUGAAUCAGUGAUAAGAAUUACUAUGAAAACUAUAAAAUAUUACAAGGAACAAGGUGUUAUUUCCUAAUAACAAUCACAUUAUAUAUACAAUUUUGUGUGACAUAUGGAUGGAAUAUUUUAUUGGCUAGCUCUCGACUCACUUAGACAACAGUGAUUCCAUAUUUGGUUUUGCAACUUCUUAUAGAACAAUAACUUCUGCAAUCCGAUAUAUGAUUGACGGAGGAAUAACGACUGCUUUAAAAGAGAGAGACGCUGCUAUCUGAUAACAUUCUCCUAUCAACUUCUUUACUGUGCUGUAUUUUUUCCAAGAACUGAACUGACAAAAGAAAUGUAUAAGACGGAUAUGUUACAAUAAAAAGUUUCCAGUACGUUAUUCGGUCAGACCCACUGAAAGAAAGAUUGGAUUGCCAAAUGCACCGGUAGAGAGGAAGCAUCAUAUCUUCAAAAGAUAAAGAGAUUCUUUAGAGAAAAUAUACAGUUAACUGACCUAGUAGCCAAUCAGUUUGGAACUGUUUGAAUUAUAUAUCUACAAAAGUUGGAGGCAAUUUGUCGGACGGGAAUUCCUUUUUAUAACACUGGAUCUUCCGUUUCUCUAGAAGUGAAUUAAAUUAGACUUUGAGUAAUCAAACGUUAUUUAUUCGAUACGGAAAGCAAACAAUGUAGGACGCUGUAAGAGAUAAUAAGUAUACACGGUGUAAUUAAAUCAGUGUGCUGAAAGGAAUAGAAUAUAGAAUUCAUGAUACCGUGAUUGCUGUGUCAAACUCAUUCCAGUUGUAAAAUUCAUCUACUGUCAUAUAUUCUACAUCUUAAAGCAUUGGGAAGUAAACAUUAAAAAGAGGAUACAACUGAAUGCGAUAUGUAAAUAUUUAAUUGGUUACUUGGAGCACUAUAUAGAUCGUAAGGUGAACUGAAACAAGAUCGGAUUUAAAACUGAUAAAGGAUACUUUCUUGAACAAGUUGCGCUCUAGUGUUUACGUUAGUUUCCCUAGAGAGUAAUAUAUUUGUUGUGUUGAAUAAUUAACAGACUAAAGCGACUGGAAACUGGUUAUAUUUUCUUACUGAUUAAUGAAUUAGUAUUGUUUCAUUCAUUGAGGAACGAAGAAAAAAAUCCAACGCAUCAUUCUGUUUCCGAAAAUUAAAAACAAACAAAACACGGACCAACAAGGCAAAAUAGAAAAUGAAAUACAAAGAACAAUAGAUGUACAAUACUUUAAUACACAAAACACUGAAUUUUUAUAAAAUUUCUUUUAGGCAGGAAAUAUGUCGAGUGAUAAAUACGCUAUGUCAUUAUCGGUGACGGAUAACUCCACUGAUGACUGCCCGGAAUGGUGGUGCGGGGAAACGAGCACGCUAACAAUACUUGAGGCGUUUGUAAUAGUCCUGUGCAUUCUGGGAAGCUUUGGAAACUUAGUUACAGUCUUAGCAAUUUUGUUUUCAAGUCUGCGAUACAGUGUCAACUGCAUCCUUAUAGGAAGUCAAAGUUUUGCGGGAUUCUUGUAUUGUUCUCUUAUUUUGUCAAUGCAAACAGUUAUUUUUCAUCGACAGUCACAUAAAGUACCGGAGGAUUUUUGUUCCGCGGCGGGUGGCAUCCGUUACACAUUGGUUGGAGUUAUCAUGUUGCACCUAAGCGUCAUAGCUUUGUAUCGAUUUUUGAAUGUGGUAUAUAUUAACAAAUACCGCUAUAUGUCAGAACUUAGGCAAUUAUCAAUAGCACUGUCAAUAUGCUGGUUAUUGCCCUUGGUUUUCACCAUUCCACCUACGUUUCGUGUAUGGGGAGGAUUCCAUUUUCAGUCGUCAAUAUUAGCUUGUACAUUUGACAAAUCAACUGACCAAUCAAAUCGCAUUGCUACCGUCACUGCUGGUUUCAUAGUACCGUGUUUAUUUAUAAUAUACUGUUACGCCAGAAUUGGAUGCGUGGCAUACAAAAGCUUUAAACGAAUGAGCCGGUGGAAAGGCAAUACGCCCCAAGGAAAGGCGUUGAGAAUUUCGGCAAUGAUGCUUUGCAUAUUUUUCAUAUUUUUCCUAGGUACAUUCCCAUAUUUUGUACUUAAUGUGACUGAUAGAGAAUUCAAGUAUCCUAUUCACCACAUUUGGACCACGAUGCUUGGCUGGCUGCUUUAUUGUCUAAAUCCAGUUGUGUACACACUGAUGGACAAUAAUUUUAGAACAGCAUACAAGAAAAUUCUAAUGGGAGACUGUGAAAAGAACCCUGUGCGAAGAGCCGGAAGCACAUUCUCGCGUGCAGCGUCUGUAUGAAAGUAUUACUUUAAUAAGAAAUCUAUCUUAAACCCUGAGGAUCUUGGAAUAUUUGUAUGCUAGCUAACAUUACGGAGUCAAUUUUAAAAUCACUAUCCUGGAAUUAGCUAGGGAGAACUUUCAGUUAUGAUAUUGUGCCAUGUGUCGCAUGAAACAUUUGCGUGAGCAUACUUUGACACAGUGUAUGAAAACUUGAGAAAUAACCGAAUAAAACUAUCGUUUCUUCAAGCAGAUAAUUGCCAAUUAUUGCUAUUAGUAUUUUCAUAAUUCUAUCAAAGCUAAGUCCGUUUAUAUUCUUUAAGAAUUGGAAAGUUAUUCAAUAAUUAAAUGUGUACAUAUGACGGUAUAAUUCCGAUAUCUAUUAUUUUAAGCAGUUUGAUUUGAUUGGUUCAGCCAAGACACAUUUUUCUGUUUUGUAUUCAUGCAUGCAGUUCAACGUUGCGAAUACUGGAAAAACGGCGAUAAAUUUCUUAUCUAUUUAUGUAUAAAACGUAUCAGGUUUGAGCACGCAGCCUCUAGCUAGACCAUUUCCUGUUCAAUCAUCAUUACUUCGAUUCAAAAUUCGAUAUAAGCUGUUUUAGGAGGGCAAAUCAUUAAAAUGUAAAGUCGGUGGGGUACCGAAACAUGUUUACUUAGAGUUAAGGAUUAAAUCAGUUUUUUGGUAUUCAUGUACGUGUUAACCCUACUAUGACUGCACACAUGUAACAAAAUCAUGUUUGCGUUGUUCGGUACACCAGGAAAUAUAAUUAAAAGGUGGUUAAUCAGAUUUUGGGCAAGUAACUGAUUUGUUUGAAACUUUACAUCUAAUAAUUUACACCAACAUGUGUCCUCAUAGAUUUCUUUGAAGGCGUUUUUAAAAUUUUAUAUAUCCUGGUUUCCAGCCAAUAUAGAGUUAACCACAAAUAAUGUAAAUUUGAUCAACAAAUACACAUACUUUGACUCAAGAAACAUAUUGAUAUAAUACCAGUUGUAUCAAAUUUGUAUAAGACUUGCAUUAAUAAUAUAUAUUUAGAUGAAAAUCAUUAGAAAUGCAUAUUUGAAAAUUAUCAUUACCUCCCUUUCUCUAUCCUGGCUGCAAAACCAAGAUAGAUAGGAAAUGAAGGAAUUCUUCCCCUUUGGUUCAGAUUGGUAAAACAUCCUGGUAUCUAAAGAUAUAAAUCCAAGUGUAAUUCUAGAUACUUUACUGAAGUGAAAAAGGUUAGCUUUUAAAUAUGUUCAUAUAUAUUUUCAUAUUUAAGGGUUAAUUACACAAAAUAAUAAAAAAUCAAUAAAACAUAUUUUCCUAAUAGGGAUUAACUAGAGCUAUAUGUAGUAGGUAUUUUGGCUCCAUAACUAAAUAUCAAACAUAACACAUAUAAAAAGUGACAUAAAAUGUGGGAUUGACCACCUUUAAUGUUAUAAAUAUCUGUUUAUGAUGUUCAGUGUUUGACUGUGUUUUCCUUAUAUGGCCAUUUACCGAAUAAAGAUUUUGCUGUACGUUGUUUAUAACAACUUAGGCUUUCAUACCAUGGUGACAAUAUUAUUUUUGUAUUUGUAGGGCAACUAAGUUGGUAUGAUAACAUAAUAUAUCAUAAUAUUAUGAACUGUAUAAUAUGCUAUAUUAAGUGCAAUGUUUGAUUCUCUUCAUCAAUAACGCUUAUACAAAUUAGCCCUUGAAGGUCAUGUAAGAUAUAUGAUAUGUGCUACAGACAUACCAAACAUUUUGAUACAGAAAAUAUGACAAAAUGUGUGCGAAUAUGUAAUUCAUUGAUGCAUAUUCACUUGGCUUCUAGAUUUUGGCCAGUCAUUAUAUUCGUGUCGCAUUUGUCAGGUCUAUAUUAUUAUCAUUAUUAUCUUAACCAUUUAUUUGUUAGUAUCGUCUCGUGGUAAGUGAAGGUGCUUUUUAAAAUCAUUUCAUAACGCACUUUUAACGGCCAUUAAAGAAAACGCUUCAAAAUUAAUUUUGAUACAUCCGAUAAAUGUAUUAUUUCUGUUUGUAGUGACGACUUACUGUUGCUUUUAUUCUUGUUAACCACUUUUGAUGCAUUUGUUCAUUCCAGUUUGAAAGAAGAUUGUGAAAAAGAUAUGUUCUUAUUGAAGUGACUGUAAUGUUAUAUUAUGUUUAUGGGAAUAUAGAUUUUAUCAUAGAA